AUGAGUUCAACUCGCCUUGCUUGGUUGCUUGGCACUAAUUGCGUUCUAGUUUUCAACUUGAAGCUCUGCAUCGGCACUCCCACUGUUGGUCCAGAUUUCCCAGCAAGCAGUGCUUUUGAGCAUAGAGCAGAAGUCAGGUGCCAUCAAUCUGAAUACCAAGAGCCCUCAAAUCUUCACCUUGAUAAUCAAAAGAACAUGAUAACGUCCGACGUAGGUAGAUGGGCUCCAACUGACCUCGAUCUGGAUGAAGAGGAUCAUGAAUGGUGGGAAAAAUUAGUAGACGAAUAUUCAGCUAUUGGGCAACAGCAUCUUCCAGCGGGUUUGACUUUAGGUCGCGGCUCUCACAUUGAAUCUCAAGUGCCACCAGACAUGGUGCCUUUGUAUCCUUCACAAUCCCAGUCAUUACCGGCUUCUGGCUUUCCAAAUGGUCAACAAGAUGGACAGGUCGAUACCACUCUAGUUUCGAAGAAGCGCCCACGAGAUGAUCGGUCGGAGGAGUGGGAAUUUCAUCGGCAAGCCCACAGAAUGAAAGAGACACAAAUGAUUGAUGAAAGAUCUGGAGAACAAUCACUGAUCCCACUUGGUCAUGGACCUCAACAGCAAGAAUCAAUCAGCUCCAUCAUCAACAAUAGACCGGGGGAAUUUAAAAUGAUGACGAUCUCUGAUAAAACAUGGAAUCCAGUUUUUUCUUGGGCUGGUAAACACCUGAAGAUGAACAAAGAAAAAUCGGCAACCGUUCAGGAUUUUAUGCAGCGAUUUGAGGAAGAACAACAGAAACUGAACAACAUGUUGCCCUUUCAACACAACUAUAAGAAAAUCCAGGAAUUAGAGGCCCAAGCUCAAAACGAUGUCGCGGUGAAAAAUUGA